AUGGUUGUUGAAGUUUAUAUAUCAUCUACUUCUGGGAAUACAAACGUCAAAAGUAGACAACAGUAUAUAAUGAACAUCCUCUCCGCCGCAAAGAUUCCCUACGAAGUCAAGGAUAUUUCAUCUUCAGAAUCUAGCAAACAGUUUAUGUGUAAAACUCUAAAGGAAAACGGAAAGACCCCAAUAGCUCCCCAACUCUUUCUUGGAACAGAGUAUCUUGGGGAUUAUGAAGAAUUUAUUGAGGCCAAUGAAAAUGAAAUGUUAAUGGAAUUUUUAAAAAUGACUAAUUCCUCUCACGCUGAACGUUUAGAAGCUGAAUCAUAA